UCCCAGCCCGGGCUAAAAUCUGGUGCUUUGGUUUCCGCGUUAAUGCGAAGACCUCCAGCCAUACAUGUGGCUCCAUGUGGUCCUCUGCCCCGCUUUGUUACCGCCCUUAUCGUCAAUGCAGGGCCAAUAGAACCGUCGCCUUUGAACCUGUCCGUACUUGAACCCGACCCAGAUGCUUCGCCUACAAAAUGACCAAAAAGUGCACCCUUAUUCACCAAAGUACCAUGCUCCUCAGUGGCUAGCUGACCUGACUCUUCGCCCCAAGUCUGAACAAAAUUUUGAGGCCGUCUUCCUUCCUUUUGUCUCACAUUCUCGGCAACUCCUGUUUCCUAUUCAGAUCUAUGACCAGGAGGCUUUUGGUCGUACAAUGAAACGAAAAGCUUUGAAGAAGUUGCCUAGAAGAAGAAGAAGCUUUGAUGAUCAUCCCGAUAGAACUAAAGGCAGUGCAAUGCAAAAUUGCCAUCAAAAUAAUUACCAAGCCGCAGAAGCAGGUGCACCAUUGGUGCAGAAAGAUUUGGCUUCGCUAAAAAUGUCUACAGAGAUUCCUCCCUCUUCUUUUGAGUUCUACGUCUGGUCAGAUGAGGGAAUUAAUCUCCAUGUUAAUCUAAAUUCAUCCCCUUCUGAUUGGACCAACAGGUUUAGAAAAGAGGUUUGCAUUACUGAGAAUUUACAUCAAAAUGAAUCCUGGAGCUUUUGGCAGGAGAUUGGUUGCUUAGGAGAAAGUUCUACUGAAAGAAAAAGUUCCUUUAUUCAAAAUAUGAAGCCCAACCAAAUCGAAACCCGUAGAAGACAGACCAAAUCUCAACCAAACCUUAGAUUGACAAAUGAUGUUACGGGGUCUGAUCAACAAGAUAUCGGUGACAAUUCUUUGAUUUCUGAUGCAUUAAAACCAUUCAGCAUAUCUGGAAAUGUUGAAGAUAAAUUAAAAGAUAAUGAAACAAUUGUCACAGCAGCUCUGACUGGAAACAUGGUAGGCGACUCAAAAGAAGGCCAAUCAACUGUCUCCGCUGAACUAGGUUAUGGUGCACGCAACAAUUUUAUAUCUGGAGCUGAAUCUUGUGCUAAAGAUGCAUCUAAAGAUGCUGGUACUGCAUUUAUCAAGUCAAUGUGUGGUUCUUUUGGCAACUCGCUAUCAGAUCCUGAUAAAAUGGAGUGCCAAAAUUCAAAACCUGGUAACGAAAUUUCUGAAGAGUUAACUCAGCUAAAUGGUUCUUGCUUUGUGAUCCCUGGCGUUGUAUGUCCCGGAGUUUCAGUAAGCAGUUCAGCAGAGCUUCAAAAUUCAGAAGUUGCAAGUUGUCAUAAACAUGCUUCAGCUUCACUAUGUGAAAAUGAUGGAACUCUGGAUUUAAUGAAUCCAAAUAUGUCAUCCACAAGACCGGAUGAGCUAGUCAAUUCAAGCAAGUUUAACCUGGAUACCAAUGGGAACGAUUUUCUACUUAAUGAAGAAUGGGAGUUCGACAAGACUGUUAAUGGAAGGGAGAGUUCAGAAUGUUCCCAGUUUGAUGACCCACUUAAGUCUGGUCUAGUGUCUGAUGAUCAAGAUUCUAAAGUGGAGCUUCAGAGAAAGAGGAAACGGAAAGAUUCCAAUGUUCAAGAUUACAGUGCCGAACCUUUUACAAGGAUAUUAAGAAGCAUGAAGGCACCUAGAAGAUCCAUACGGCUAUUCUCCAAGUGGAAGGGGCCUUAGCUUUUCUUAAUUGAGUUCAUAAGGAGCCUGCGGCCGCAUAUGAUGGCAUUGUUUCCUGACUUCUGAUAGAGUAGUAACCUGCUGUUUACGCAGUGGGAAAAUGGCUUUCAGCAGGUACCACUGACCCCAUCCCGGUUUCGAGAAGCACGUGGACAUAAUGAGCACGUGCAUAAGUGAGAUAAAUAAUUCAUGAAAUUGAGCUUCUAUUUGUAUUCAGGUUGUAAGAUGGACUUGAGAUAUGCGUCUCUCAUUCCAGUGUUGCUCCUCCUAAAUCAGCCACCAGUCUAUUUGCUUAGAUGGGUCAUGGUCACUAUAGAAUUUAACUCAUGUUUGAAGCACACAUAGAUCAGAAAAUUUAUACAAAAAGCUUGUAUUCCUCUCACAAUUUUUGAUCUUCUUGUCCUUCUGGCUUCGUCCUGCAGCCUUAGCUAUUCUGUUGCCAAAUUUCUGCUUGUGUUCAUAUAGAUUUUGAGCAGAAUUAUACAAAAUCCUCCUGCGUUGUACAAAAAUCAUGCAAUAGUAUUUUAUUUUCAAAAUAUACAGAGAUUUCUUGUGAAA